AAUAAAGAUGGCGUCUGCUUCAGGCAUUCGAGGAAACCCCUCUGGCAAUCCUGGACAGAGUCUUAGACCUACCAGGAGGACCGUGACCUCAUCAAUAGCCCCUGUUAGAGAAGGUUUGCCCCGUCCUGGUGGUCUUAUACUAAUGGAGUGCCUUGGGUCUGGAUCAUAUGCCACUGUCUAUAAAGCAAUGAUGAAGUCCAAUAAGAGGAUAGUUGCUGUCAAGUGCAUAGAGAGAAAGAGACUAAACUCUGCGUCUGCUGAAAAUCUUUUUACCGAAAUAAAAGUGAUGAAAGGAAUCGACCACAAGCACAUUGUACGCAUGCUGGACUUUGAAUGGAAUAGUGAACAUAUAUUUAUCAUGUUAGACUAUUGUGGUGGUGGGGAUCUCUCUCAUUUCAUUAGUUCUCGUAAAACUCUUAAAGAAUCUCUUGCGAGGAAAUUUCUCAGGCAAUUAGCACUGGCAAUGCAGUUUCUAAGGUCAAAGGGUAUAGCUCAUAUGGAUCUUAAGCCACAGAACCUCUUACUGACUGAACCUCCUAAGACGAUACUUAAAAUAGCAGAUUUUGGGAUGGCUCAAUUAUUAAAAGACAAUGAUCACGGUGCUUCAUUUAGAGGGUCACCAUUAUACAUGGCUCCAGAAGUUAUGCUUGGUAAGACUUAUGAUGCAAAAGUUGACCUCUGGUCUAUAGGAGUCAUUCUAUUCGAAAUUUUGUAUGGAUUUGCCCCUUAUCAUUCAAGCACAAUAGAAGAGCUUCAUUUAAGAGUUCUCAACGACACUCCUAUUGUGAUUCCUUCUGUCCCAGAAACUUCCUCAAAAUGUAAGGAGGUAUUGCGAGGACUUUUGGAGAGAGAUCCAUGUCAAAGAAUCUCUUUUGAAGAGUUCUUUGAUCAUCCAUACAUUGACCUUGAGCAUAUGCCAGGGCCAGAGUGCCUCAGUAAAGCUAGAGAGCUUGUAAAGCAAGCUGUAGUUAAAGACAGUGAUGGAAAGUACAGUUCUGCAGUUAACUAUUACUGCCAAGCAUUGGACUAUUUUGUACCUGCACUAGAUUAUGAAGAAGAUCAUCGUACUAAAGAAAGCUUAAAAGAUAUGAUAGAGCAGUAUAUUGCUAGAGCUGAGUAUUUAAAGUCACUGGUCAGAACACAAAAACCCUCACUGAGAGAUACUGCAGGAGAGAAUAGGAAGAGAAUACUAGAAGAGAUGCAAGCUGAGUUUCCCCAGUUAAAAGAUGUUCAUUCUCUGAUUGAAGAAGCUGAUCAGUUGGAGGAUAGACAUUCGUAUCAUUCUGCACGUGAGAUUUAUAAAGAAGCUGUCUCGAUACUUUUACCACUGAUAGAAAAGGCUGAUAGUCCUGAAAAGAAGAAAUUAAUAGCCUCAGAAGUACAGGUAUUUCUUUAAAGAGGAGAAGAACUAACUGUUUUAUUAGAAAAGAAAGUUCCCAGCUAUCAAAGGUCAUCAUCUUCUCCUUCAUCUGCCUCUAGUUUGAAAUCCACCAUCAACGAAACAUGUCAUGUCCAGUGACCCAGUGCUUUAAGAUCACUGAAUUUAUAACUUCAAAAACUUCAACUCCAUGUAAAGUCAAUAAUUAAGAAGACAAGUUAUUAUAUUUGUAUGUUUAUACAUCAAUUAUUGUCUGCUAAAA